AUCACGUUAAUGUUGAAUGACUGAAACCCAAAUGUGGCAAAGUACCUGCCACGAUUUCCUGCAAUUUUCUUUAAUAGUUGAAAAUAUCAAAAAAAUGUAAUUUUUGUCUGACAAACUGACCAAUAAUCUUCACCAUAACGUCAAUAACUACUCUAAUCACUGAAUACUGAAAAGCGUAAUCUAUAGAAAAAAUUAAAAUAUUAAAUCACAUUUAUUUUGUCAUAUUUUCAUAAUUUGAUUAUCUAAUUAAGAUAGAUCAGCUGGAACCACCUGACUCCGUAGAAUCCAAAAUCUUAUCAAUGUAUUAACUUUGACAUCAACCUCGACCAUAAUGUAUAGCACGAUCUUAUCUUCAAAGACCGUGAUGCAUAGCGUGGAUGCGUGAUACUCAGAUAAAGAGCCAAUUGGGUUACCGAGUUCAACGAUGUGUUUGUAAAUGUUUCUACUGUUCAGAUUAAAAGUGUUUUAUUGUGAUUUCUUCGAAAAUCGUUUCACUGAGUUAGUAGUUACUACUUUACUAGUUACUGAGUAACUAGUAAAGUUACUUGGUACUUACUACUUAGUAGUUAUAGUAGUUUACUUAUCUCUUGUACCAGUUUUAUUUAUUUGGAACUACUGAUUAUUAGUGUUAUUGUAUUAACCAAUCGAGGAAAAUUAUUGAACAUCGCUAAUACAAUAUUAUGCGCGUUCAUAAUGUUAUCUAUACUUGCCGUAAAUAGAAUUUCAUUUUUGUAUUAAUUGAAAACAAAUAUUGAUGCAGAAUGGAUUCUAGUCUUUGUAUCAAAGUUCUCACUGCAAUGCAAGCUACCCCGUACGAGAUACCUGUGACUAUUAAUACGACUGUGGAAGAUGUAAUUAUUGAGACCUCAAAAUUGCUAAACAUUGGUCCAAUAGCCAGGCACCUAUUUGGACUAAGAGUUGUAAGUGUUACAGAUGAUAAUCUGUGGUUAAGUUCUUCUCUCUUUAUAUUGUAUGUUAAAAAUGAACAUCACGUUUAUGAAUAUAAAUUACGUUAUAAAAUGCCUGAUGUUAAACGGCUGAAGUCCACUGAUCGUUAUGCUUACAAUUUUUAUUUUUAUCAAGUUAAAUCUGAUUUAUUAAAGAGUAAAGUUACUGGAUUGUGUUAUGACACAUAUAAGCGAGAGCUCAUUGGCUUGGGUGUUGCUGAUAUGUACAGAGCUAUUUUAGAAGAGGACAAGUCUAGAGAAUCUGUUGAACAAAAUUAUAAACAAUUCAUGCCUAAAGAAGUAGUAAAGCAACACAUGUUUUUUUUAAAGAAACCUGUCCAAGAAACUUUAAAAAAAAUUAUAAACAACAAUACAGUUGACACUCAUUAUGUAUCUAUAAUCAAAGAAAGUUAUUUGGAACAAUUUAAUUCAAUAGCUCCAAAUUACUUAGAAGAAGAAUAUAAGGCUAUAUAUAAUGAAAAAAGUGAUUCUGUCAAUGUUACGUUUAGAGUAAAUCCAUUUCAUUCUGAAAUGCCUGGUGUACGCAUGUGUACUGAAAAUAGAAAAGAAGUAUGUUAAAUUUUACACAUGCAGACACCACUAUUAAUUUAUUAAUAAAUAUAUGUUUUAGUGGGUACAUUUAGCUGCAAUAGAAGAUCUGUGUUUUCUAUCCACAACUGAUGAUGGUAUUGUUGAAAUAUCUAGAAGAACUGGUAUACCUAUACAUUUAAAAUUUGCCAAUACAAGUACUAUGGUAUCAUUUAUUACAUUACUUAAUGGUUACUAUCGUUUAAUGGUUAAUUGGAAUUUUGAUUUAUGUGCAUCUACCAACACCCCAACUUUAAGCAAACUUAAAUCUAUCCGUUCUCAUGGACCAAUCAGGUACUCAACAUAAUAUGGGUUUAGAUUUCUUGAAUAGUUAACAUAUUUUAGUUAUGCAUAAUUUAAGAUUAUUACUUUAGUGACUUUUUAAAUUAUUGCAUUUUUGUAUGAAUUUUAAAGCAAAAACUAAAAAAAAAUUAUUUUUUGUAGCAUUAUGAAAUCUACUUCUAUUUUAAAAAAGAAAAUGUCAAAGAAACAUGGAAGUUUUAUACUUCGACAAAGUAUGAAAAAUCAUGAUAAUUAUGUUAUUGAUGUUUGUGUAAAUCAGAGGUAAAAUCAUAUCUAUAUUUUAUAUAAAUUUACUCAUCAUAAGCUAUUAGCAUUAUAAUAAAUUACUUAAAUAAAUAAUUAAUUAUUUUAAUUUUAGUAUGAAACCAAUGACAUAUGUAAUAGAAAGUAAAAAUGGAUUUUAUAAAAUAGCUGGAGACAAUGACAUAGAAUACCCUUCUAUUUGGAGACUUAUUUCUAACAAUAAAAUGUCUUUGAAUCUUAUUGAAUGUAUUUUUCCGUCAGAUAACGGUGAGUAACUUUAAUUGAAGUCUUUUUAAAAUUAAAACAGUAACUUUUUUACUGUUUAUUUAGAUAAUAUAAAGGUAUAUUUUUAUUUUUAAUAAAAAAAUAUAUAUAUUUUUUUUAGCAAUGAAUGAAUUACUGUUAUGUCAAAACACCAAUAUUAAACAUGUAGGUAAUGAUGAUGAUGAAGAUAAAAUCAGUGGUCCUCAUUUAAUCAAUAGUGAUUCUAUAAAAUUAUUAAAAAGUAAGUGUUAACUAUACUUCUACAAUGAAUAUUUUAAAAAAACACUAUUAAUUAUAAUUUUUUUAGCUAUUUGUUCACCAAAAAAAAAAAUACAAUCGCUUAUGAAAGUUAGAGUAGCUACAUGGUAUAAAUCUAAAAGAAAUGAAUCUACUGUUGUUGUGAAAUUAUUUCAAGAUGAUGUUAAUAUAAGUUUACAUCUAAUGGUAAAUUUUGUCUAUUUCCAUCAUAAUAAAUACAUUUAUAAUCUUUACUUUUUACAGGACUUAUUAAGUUUAUCAAAAAGAUGGAGUUCAGUGUCUUCGAGUGCAGUUGUACGACUAUUUGGUCUUUGUGUUGAUACUCCAACUGCCUUGGUCAGUGAAUACUUUACAUUAGGGCCUCUUGAUGUAUAUCUGCGAACAAACAAAGAUAAAAUAUCGUUUAGCAAUUUAGUUGAAGCUGCAACAUAUAUUGCUACAGCUUUAUGGGAUAUGGUAAUUUAUCUUUAUUAAAGAAAAACUCUUAAUGAUACCAACUCAAUAUUAAAAUACAUUAAUGUCCCCAUCACAAAUAUACUGUAUUCUUACUAAUUAUAACAUAUGUGUAAUCUAUUAUAUCUCUGUGAUUUUAGGAAACUGCAUGUUUAGUUCAUGGAAAAAUUCGAUGUCAUAAAUUUGUAGUAGCUGAACAUACCAGAAAUUCUUUUAUAGUUAAACUUACAGAUCCGGGUAUUCACAAAUGUUACACUAGUUAUGAGUAAGUGUUUUAACUUUAUUAUUUAAUUGUUUUAUAAGUCUUGUUAAGAUUAAUGAUUUAUACAUAUACAAUUUAUAUUUUGUUAAAUAGGUAUUUUUUUUUUUUUUUUUUUUUUUUUUNUACUACUUGACUAAUGUAGUCCAGUGGCGGUCGCCCUCUGCUGUUAUUCCCUUCAAUGGCACCUUCUAUUAUCCUGCUAAGUAGACUGUUUUGAUACAGUAUGUGUCCAAUUAACUUGGCUCUUCUUAUUUUUAAGGUCUUCAGAAAGCUUCUUGUUUCUCCGGCUCUUCAAUAAAUCUUUUCAUUUGUUAUGUGUUCUGUCCAACUUAUUCUAAGUAGUCUUCUGUAACACCAUGUCUCAAACGCUAAGAGUUUUUUUUUCUGUUUUACCUAUGGUCCAUGUCUCACUUCCAUACAGUGUUACACUCCAAACAUAAGCCUUAAGUAAGUUUUUCCUCACUUUUAUGUCAAUAUUUCGAGAUAUAAACAUAUUUUUCUUGCUUUAAAAUGCACAUUUAGCCUGGUUUAUUCUGCUUAUGAUCUCCCUAGUACUACGGCCGUCCUCAGUUAUCGUACUUCCCAAGUAUUUGUACUCAUUCACUUGCUCUAGUGCAGCGGUUCUCUAGUGUGUCACCAUCUAGUGCAAUUUGAGUUUGGGUUCCUUCGUUACGGCUACAAACAAGGACUUUCGUUUUUGCUUUGUUUAUUUUCAUAUUGUAUUCAUUUUUCAUUGUUAAGUUCAUUAUUUCUAAGAUAUUCUGUAGAUCCUCUUAAUUGUCUGUUAUUACCGCUAUGUCAUCUGCAAAUCUUAGCAUAUCUAUUCUUUUACCGUUUAUCCUUAUCCCUUUUUUUGCAUUCUCUAUUUAUUGUAUUUUUUAAUUUCCUGUAUUUUUCCUUCCCUCUUUGGUCUGUAGCAUUUUUAUAUUUUCUCCUUUCAUUAAUCAUUUCCAGGUUUUCUUCGUUUAUCCAUUCCUUUCUUUUAGUUUCUUUUGAUUUCCCUAAAACUUCAUCCGCUUUGUUUAAUAUGCAUCGUUUGAUGUUUCCCCAUUUCUCUUCAAUGCUUAAAGUACAUUGUGUGUCAUAGGUCUCCAUUAUCGCUAUAUCUGUCUUUUCUUUGUAUGAAUUUUUGAUUUCUUCCACUUUCAGGUUUGUCAGUUGAAAGCAUUUCAUACCUUUUUUCUUUUGUAGCUUCUUAAACUUAAGUUCACAAUGCAUUAGGACCAGGUUAUGAUCGCUAUUAAUGUCGGCUCCUGGAUAGCUUUUACUGUCUUUAACUUGAUUUUUGUGUCUUCCUCUUAAUAAUCUAUUUGUGCUCUUCUUAUAUCACCGGGAGCUUGCCAUGUAUAUCGUCUUCUUUUGUGAUGUUGAAAGUGUGUGUUCGUUAUUAUUAGAUUAUUCCGUACACAGAACUCUAAUAAGGUUUCUCCUCUUGGAUUUCUAAUUCCAAGUCCAUACUUGCCGAUAAUAUUCUUUUAUUUCCCUUCCCCACGGUGGCAUUAAAGUCUCCUAGGAUAAUAAGAUUUUCUUCUCCUUUGACAGUCUUUAUUAAAUCAUUUAGUUCUUCAUAUAUUCUUUCUACUUCAUCGUCCUUUUCUUCUGAUGUGGGCAUAUAAACUUGAAUUAUCACAGUAUCUAUUGGUUUGGUAUCUAACUUGACUAGAAUUAUUUUAUCGCUAUAUUGCAUGUAACCUUUUACCUUGUGUCCCAUAUUUUUUUGAAGAACUAUUUCUACUCCUUUUGUAGCCAACUUUCCAUCUUCUGUUCCCGAAUAAAUUAUUCUGUAUUCCCCUGACCAAAAAUCGCCCAAUUUAGGCCAUCUCAUUUCCUAGACGCCCAGAAUGUCUAUUUUAAGUCUCUUCAUCUCAACUUUUAGAUUCUCUAAUUUCCCUGUCUGCAGAAGUGUUCUGACAUUCCAUGUACCAACUCUCUUGAUAUCAUGACCUUUCAUCUUCAAUCAUAAAGGAUUAACUUCUUGAGUAGACCCCACCCGGAGAUCCAAUUGGGGGUCUAUUUUACCUCCGGAAUUUUUUACUACUGUCGAAGCAUUCAUACUUUAAAUUGUUGAUACUCAAGAUAUCUAUUUAGAUCUUUAGAUAGUUUCCUCUUGCUUUUCGCAUUCUAUACCGUUGACCAGAAAAUUGACUCAUUCGUCCGCCUUUAAGAGCAAUUUCUUACUCUAAGGGCAAGAGAGUGCUCUUUCCUUUACUAGCGUAAAUAAUUGCUCCUUAUACCGGGAGUAGUUCGGUUUAAUCCCACUGGAAUUUCCUGCCUGAGGAUUUCCACCAGUGGAGCUUGGGGCCCCGGGUGCGCUAAACCCGUAGUAUAUGACAUAUUAUUGUCCUAUACUUCCCCUGAGGGGUAAAUAGGUAUAUAAUUUAAUUAAAUAGACACAAUAACAAUAAUUUUUAAAUUGUGUAGUCUAAAAAUUUUCUAAUAGCAUUCAUGUUAUAGACUAAACAAAAUUGCAUUAAUCUUUUUAAUUAAUUUUAUCUAAGUUUGAAUAUUGAAUUGUUAAAUAUUGGUUCUUGUAAAUUAAAUGUAUACUAAUUAUGUAGAUUUUGAUUUACCAAGAUGGACAUCCUUCACACAAUAGGUGGGCUACUGUUGUAGGUAAGAAUUUCGAAAGGUACGAUAUAAAGGAAAAUUUAAUUUAUAUCUGUACAGAAUGAUAGAUCAUUGCUUAGGAAAAAUAAUUUGAAACAAAGUUUCUUUUAUACAUGUAUGUAAAUUUUGUGGGUUUUUCCUAAUUAUUAUGAAAACUACUUGGAAAAUCAAAAAUGGCUUCACUAAAGUAACAACUACACACAAUUUUCUUUCCGAAAAAUGUAUUACACUUGAAAUAUCAAGGCAAGAUUUCUGGUAGAAAAGUAGCUCACAGAAAGAAAAAAAAUAAACAAUAUUCUAAAACCAAUGUUCCAAAUCUAAAAUAAUAAAGUGGUGUAUAUAAUUUGUAGAAAUAUUAUAUCUAAUAGACAUAUUAAAUUAUACAAUUAAUCAAUUAGCAAAAUAAUAUUAAAAUACAUAUUGCAUUUAAAUAGUUAAAAUUAGAAAUAAACUAAACUGACAUUAGGCCAUUUUCAUUUAUUAUUACAAUAAUAAUAAUAAUAAUAAUUUUUUUUUUUAAUUGCAAAAUAUAUAUAUCAGAGUGCCACUUAUUUUUUAAGUUGUUAAUUUUGAAAAGCGCCAAUCAGGAAUGCAUCUAUAAAUAGUGUCUAUAAUUGUUGAGUUUAAUCGAAUAUAAUUAACGCAUGGAAACUUAAGCUUAAAGUUUUAUGAAAAACUUAAAAUUUAAUAUUUUGUACUAUUCUUACUUAAAUUUGUAUUUUAUAAAAAAUUGUGUAGUAUUAUUAUGUAGUGCUAAUUAUUUCCGAUAAAAUAUUUAUCUUAACAUUUAUUAGUAGAGUUAACCCUUACUAGUGAAAAUGUAUUCUAAAAAUACUUGAUUUAACUGUCAAGUAUUUAUAUGAAAAGGAACUUCUCACAGAAAACAGAAUCUCAAUUGGAAAUCCUAAAGUUUAUCGUGAAUCAUAUAAAAAGCAAGUAACAAUAAUUUCCCAAUUUAAAUGUUAAGUCUAUAUUCAAUUAUUGGGAUACCAAAUUAUUAAAAAACGUAUCAGGAAAACUAAUUGAUAGAUUAACAAACAUUGGAAAAGGUCCAAGUGUGGAGCAAUUAUUAGGUAUUCCAAAAUGGUAUGCAGGUAUUAAAAUUGAAAUAUCUUUGGUGGUAUAUGAUAUAAUAGUUGAUUAACAGUUAAGUACAAACAUGGCAGGUGUGUUUCACUCGAACAAAUAAUUUUUUUUUUGUAUAGGUCAUAUUUAUGAAAAAGUUUUAGCUACAGUUUUUACAAAGUAUAAUAUUUCAUUGAUUUUUGGGCCAGAUAUAUCUUUAUUUAAACCGUUUAAAGCAAAGUGAGUUGGAAUAAACUAUAAAAACUCUUUACAUGAAACAUUGAUGAAGCAAUUAUUAAAUUGUUGAAAGCUUAUUACAAUACUGUACUGAAUUUUUCAAAUCAUACAAUAUUGACCACAUUAUUAGGGGUUGAUUAUAAAUAGUUCUUAGAGCUUAUCAUACAUUUUUAUAUGGUAUUCCUCAGAGUCGAAUAAAAUUUAAAAACCUGGAGUUUAUCAUUUCGCAAGAUGUAUGGCCAAAGUACUUUAUUGUAUUAAAAUUUUACCAAGAGUUCAUUUGAAAAAAUAAGCGGAGAUAUCUCUGUCACAAUUAAUUGUAUUUACUGUUUAAUUUUAAGUUAGGUGUUGUUUUUCUUUGCAAAAAGUCCCAUUUAACAAUAUUCAAUUUUUGAGAAAAUUACAUGAUUAUAGUAUAAUCAAUAAAAGUGUUUCUGAUGUAGCUAUUUUUAAAAUUAUUAAUUAUUUGUAUUAUUUAAACAAAGAGAAAGUAGUUUUUCAUUUGAUGGAAGAGUAAAUAAUGAAACCAAAAUAAUUGUUUGAUAAGUAUAAAUCUGAAUUUUGUAUAAUUAUUUUAUUUGAAAAUGUUAUUAUUAUGUAUUUACUAAAUAUAAGAGUAUAUAUUUUGCAAACAAAUUUAAAAUCUAGUUUUUUCAUAAUAAGUAAAGGUUAACUUUACGAACAAAUGUAAAGAUACAUGAAUUUUAGGAAAUAAUUAGCACUGCAAUAAUAAUAAUAUUCAAUUUUUCAUAAAAUAAAAAUGUAAGUAGGUAUAUAACAAAAUGUGAAAUUUUAAGUUUCUUCAUACAACUUUAAAAUUAAGUUACCACGAGUUAAGCAUGUUUGAUCAACCUCAAAUUUUACAGACACUAUUUAUAAAUAUAUGAAAUACAAAUACAAAAAAAUGUCUAUUAGCACUCCUAAAAAUUUGACAAAUAAUUUUCUUUCCAUAUAAUUAACUGACACCCUAAUAUAUUUAUAUAUAUAUAUUUUAUUUUUUUAGUUUAUAUUGGAUUCCUACUGAAUUUUACAAUAAUAUAGAACUUGCUCGGAAAUCUCCUCAAGCUGAUAUUUGGGCUUUUAGUUCAACAUUGUGGGAAUUAUUUAAUUAUGGUAUUUUAUUACCCGAAAUUCAAAAUGUUGAUCUGUUUAAAAAAGUAUAUAUUUAUUAUUUGGUAAAAAGUAUAAAAUGUAUAACUUUUAGUAUACUAUUUUUCUAGAAAUUUGAAAAAAAUAUAAGAAUGCCAAAACCAGAUUGUUCUACAGAUGACAUUUAUCACAUAAUGACAGAAUGCUGGGAUAACGAUCCUUUUAUUCGAAAAAAGCCACAAGCAACAUUAAGAGAUUUAAGACAAAUCUGGCUUCAAAGUAAUUCAGUUAUUCUACAUAAAUAGUUUCAUACUGAUUUAAUUUGUGAUUUCAGUUUAUGCUAGUCCUCAACAUGAAUAUACACCAUUAAAAAAGGAAGAAAUAUAUAGCGAUGAUGUUACAUGCUCUGAUGCAACAAUUUAUUAUACUUCAAAUUAUACAAGUAAGUUUUUAAUUCUAUCUAUAAUAAAACAUCUUUUUUAUGUUGUUUUGAAGAAAACAUUUGUGUCUUAUUUAUUGUGUUUUACAUUUGUUUAACACUAGAUUUUCUAUCAAGAAAUUACAAUUUUUCAAUUAUAGUAGAGUAGUAUUGAUUUCUAAUUAAAUGGCUAUACUUGAUCAAUUAAAACUCUGUAUACACCUUCCUAACACCAACUUACACAUAACUUAAAAUGUUAGGUUUAUAUGUUAAACGUUAGAUGACAUGCCAAAUUUGUAUCGGGCUACCUGUCGCACACUUAUUUAUACUACCCAAAUAGGAGAUAUAUAUAGGGUUGCCACCUUUGAUGGUAGACCUGACUGAUAAGAAAAAAUGGUUGUCAGCAAAAGAUACUGUGCCUGUGCUUAUAUGUCUAUGCAUAAAGUUAAUGUAUAACAAUAGUUAAUAAAUCUAAAAUAUCUCAUAUUUCGGUGAAUGAAAAAUAUUGUUCCUGUUGCUUAUUGACAAACUAUAUACAAUUUUAUGAACAGUACUAAUUUUAUGACGAUUCAGAGAAUAAUUCACUGAAUCUGUAGUCUGUAGAUUUAUAUGUAAAUCUGUAGAAUCUGGAUAAAACCCGAAGAGGUGGCAACCCUAGAUAUAUAAUGAUUUAUGGUCAGACUCGCAAAAAGUGUUUUUUUUUUUAAAAAAAAAUAAAUUCAUCCUAGGGCAAAAUUGAGGUUUCAAAUGCACAUCAACAUAUUUGUCCAAGUUUUAAAGAGUUUGGACUAUUUUUGUAAGUCUAUUUGCUAAUUAGUAAAUAUUUGCUAUUCGUGUAGUAUAUUGUCAACAACCUAGCAAAAUCUCAAAAGCCAAUUAUAACAAAUUUUAAAAAACUGCUUCAAAUAAACUACAAUAAAAAAAUGUAAAAAGUUCCUAUAAAGUUUUUGAUUGGAGCAACAUAUUAAUAGAAAAAUUAUUUCAGAUAACUUAAGUUGUUUUACUGGAUAGCCUAUAUUACAUAAAUGUGUGAUGGGUAAGCUGAUUUGAAAUAGACAAGUCUUUUGCCUAUCGCCUUUUUUCAUAACAUAUUACUCCAAUAUUGGUGAGUGUGUUGAACAAUAACUUUUAUUUGCAUAGUAUACAAUUGACCUUAUUAGCUGGCAAUUGUGAUAUGUUGAAGUUAAGACUAAACUAGGUGAAAGUGGGAGGAGGCACUUAUAUAAUUGUUUGAAAGGUAUGUACAAAGUUUUAACUUCAUUGUUCAACUAUAGAUUAUUUAGCCAGAAAUCAGUAAAUUAGUGUGCCCAACUAUAAUUGUUUUUUUUUUUUAAAUAGUAUCUGUACAUUUGUUUCUGUGAGAGAGGAUCAGAAUACUCCUAUGGGACCUCUGCCUAUUGUAAAAAGCGACAAAUGAGGUUGCGUCUGGUCUACAGUUGGUGUAAAAUUCUAUCAAAUAGUGUGAGGAGUUCUAAACAAGACUUAAGUAUGCUGUUCUAUCUUGGAUGUGCAUAGAGAAAACAGGUGAGAGAAGAUAUCAUAGUCCAUAGCAUUGAUCAGAGAAAAUCUGAAAUAAGUUAACUAUAGGCUUAAGGAAUGGAGAGUAACACUUGAAGGAAAGGGACCAAAGAUAAGUAGAAAAAAAAACAAAGUACAUAGAGUAUGAAUCUGGAGUAAUAAGAUAAGACAAUAAACUUCAAUAAGCAAGGUAGACAGUUAUAAUACCUAGGAUGUUUUGUUCAAAAGAAUGGUGGCUUUUAUGAGGAUGUGAAAUAUAAUAUGAUUUUAAGUGUGGUUGAAUAAAGUGCAGAGAAACGUCAAGUUUUUAUGCAUUAAUUCCAAUGAGACUUAAAGUUAAAUUCUACAAAAGUAUGGUAAGACUAAUUAUGUUUUAUGGUUCUUAGUGUUAGGCUGUAUACAGAAAAAUAGAGCAGAGAUAAGAAUGCUUAGGUAAACGAGUAGAGUGACAAAAAAAGGAAGGAUAAGGAAUGAGUACAUAAGUGGUAGCUUAAGCAUGACUUCAAUAGUAGACAAAGUGAGAGAAAAUAGAUUGAGUUGAUUUAAAACAUGUCAUGGAGAGAGAGGAGUUUGAAGUAGUAAGCAUUGUAAUUAAAAUAAACAGGAGGAAAUAGGUGGAAGAAUGACUGAAAAAAAGAUGGUUAAGUGGGAUUGAGAAUGAUAUGAGGUAAACCAGUGUAUGCGAAGGUGGAGAUCUGGUCAAUUGGAAAUUUUAAACGUGGGUGGCCAACUCCAAAUACUUGGGAUAAAGGUGUAGGAGAAGAAAUAGUAUCUAUAAUUUAACAUUUUAUCUUAUUAUUUUUUUAGUUGAAACAUUUUUGGAUACUGUAUCAAGUUCUUUUUCUGGAAGUGAAACUAAAUCAGAUUUUAUUGAUUUUAAUUCUAAUCCUGUAUGUAUUUUUUAUUAUUGUUUUGAACAAAUUAAAGUAUAUUUAAUGCAUGAUUGUUUAUUUUUAACUUUUUUCAGGAUGACAGAAGAAGUUAUCAAAAUGAAACUCCUAUACUUGCAACCAACACAAGUUUCAAUCAAUUCAUGGAACAGGUAUAUAGUAUAAUGAUUGGUCAAUUAAGUAAUAUUAACUAAAUAAAGUCUCGAUAAGUAUAUUAGUUACAUAAAAUACAGUUGAAUAUAUGACCUAAUUUAAAAAAAAAAAAAUUAUUUUUUUAGCUUACAUCAAAAGAAGAAAUAAAAAACAAUAUGCAAAGUGCUAUGAACUGUCAACAAAAAACUUACCAGUUCAAUAAUGCUACAUUAAGUUUACAUCAAGUUAUAGGACAGGUAAAGCUUUUAUUUAUUUUGGUAGUUUAAAAUCAUUAGUUGCUAAACAGAAAAGUUAAUUUAUUUUCUGUAGGGAUUUUAUGGAGUUGUAUUAGAAGGCUUAUUAGAAUACAAUGAUAAGAAAACUAAAAAGGUAGCUGUGAAACACAUGAAAAGAUCAUUCCAAACUGAAGAUUUUCAAAGAGAAAUUUGUAUUAUAGAGGUAAAUCAUUAAUGAUAUUUAAAAUAAAUAUUUGAUUCUAUCCUAUUUAUUUCUUUUUUCAGGGACUAAAUCAUCCAAAUAUUGUAAAUAUUGAAGGUGUACUAGAAGAACCCAAUUUGAUGCUUGUCAUGGAGUAUAUUAAAUUUGGUUCCCUCAGUAGUUACUUGCGAUUACAUGAAAAUGAACUUCUAGAAGAAACAAAUCAAUUAUUAAAAUAUUCUUUAGAUAUAGCUCAAGUAAUUUAGAUUUUUUAACUACUGAAUACUAUUGAUCUAAUUGGUGAAGAAUUAUAAAUUAGGAUAUCACAUAGCAAAUAAGUGCACUAAGAGAAAAUUCCUCAGAAUCAUGAGUGAAUAAAACACAAUAACACACAAUGCUAUUAAAUGGUCAUUGAAUAUUGCAAAAAAAAAAAUGCAAUUUAUUUGCUCUUUUUAUUGUAUUAAUGUGUUCUAUAUCUAUUUUAUCUAUUUACUUAUUUUAAUUUCCCUGUUAACUAUUAAUAGUAAAUCAUAACUACAUAUUGCAUUUAAUAAAGGUCAUACUAAAAAUAAUAAAUUAGGGUGAUCAAUAUUAGUUUAUUACCUAUAUAAUAAUUUCAAUGUAUUGAGCAAAUAACUUUAUAGAUUUUAAAUAAUAUUUCAGUAUAAUUAUUAAAAUUAAUUUGUUUUAUUUCAGGGAAUGAAAUAUUUAGGAAGUUUAAAUAUAAUACAUCGUGAUUUAGCCACAAGAAAUAUUCUAGUAGCUAGUCCAACUACUGUAAAAAUAUCGGAUUUUGGCCUUGCUCAAUUUUUGUCAGAUGAUAAAUAUUAUUAUCUUCAAACAGUACGGGAUUUACCUUUAAAAUGGUAAGUUUUUAGUUAUUAAGUAAUUAACUCCAUGAAAGUGCUAUGUGUUAUUCUUGAAUUAUAUACUUCUAGGCAUGCUCCAGAGGCUAUUUUAUAUGGAAAAUUUUCCACAAAAACUGAUAUUUGGGCAUAUGGUGUUCUACUCUUUGAAAUUUUUUCACUGGGUAAAGAACCCAAUGUAGUUUCCAAAUUAGAAGAAAGAUUAGAUGUUGAAAAACUUAUAAAAGUAUUAUUAGAAGGUCAUCGAUUACAAUGUCCAUCAUGUCCGCCAUGUACUGUGGACAUAUAUAACAGGCUUAUGCGGCCAUGUUGGGCUUACAUUGCAGCUGAUCGUCCUAGCUUUGCACAAUUAAUUGAUAUUAUUGAGUCACUUAUGAUUGAAAAUUAAUCAACUCUACUUUUUAAAAACAAUGAAAAAUGAACUAAUACAGUUGACAAUAAAACAUUAUAAAACAUUAUAGUAAAAGAAAUAAUAAAAUGAAUACAUACUUAGAGGUAAAAAAAACAUUGAAAUGCUAGUAACAGUAUUAUUUCAAUAACAUAAAUAACCAUCCAUGAUGAAUUUUUGAACAUAUAAAUAAUUAAAGAUAAUAUUGUUUCUUAAUUAUUAAAGACAUUUAAUUCUAUUAUUUUAGCAUAAGUACUAUAAAUAUUUUACUAAAAUAUCUAUUAGGGGAUAAUCUAUCUAUUUUAAUGCAGAUAAAUUCAAUUUAAUUAUACCUGACAAUCAAAAGGAGCAAUCCUUUUCUUGUUAUUAUUCUAGAUUUUAGGACAAUCUGACUAAAGAUCAAAAGACAAAAGAUUUAUGGAAAAUAAUUCAUCUAUUUUAAAGCAGACAGAAUCAAUUUAAUUGUAUCUGACAAUCAAAAGGUACAAUCCUUUUCUACUCAUUAUUUUAUAAUUCAGAAAAUAAUUUUACUAUGGCCUAUGUAUUUAUCAUUUAAACAAGUACUUAAAAAUAAUUUAACUUUUUAUGUUAUAUUUAUGCAAAUAUAUAGUAAUAACAGAGUUUUUGGAAUUUUCACAUUUAGUAAUCUAGUCAAAUUAUUAAUUACCUAUAUGUUACAUAUAAUUAAAUCAUUUAAGUAAAUUGUAAUAUUAUAAUCAGCAGAUACCAAAUAUUGUAUAUAUUUUUAAUUAAUUUUAACUUCUUUGAAUAUUUUAUGUAUAAGUUAAUUUAAGUUUUAUUUCACUGGUAUUUUGUAUGCUAUUUAGUUGCUCAAAUUAUGUAGUUCUAAUUUGCUUGAUUCUUAAAGAUUCUCACUAAUUAUUAUUUUAUUCAUUAAGAUUAUGACCACUAUUCUAUUUGAAAAAACUAGUUUUAAUGAUCUAACAUUUAUAUAGAAUUAUGUAUUGGCAAGACAUAUUGCUCAAACCUGACAAAGGACCAACUUUUACAGAAAUUUAAAUUAUGUAAUGUUUGUUAAAAUGAUAUCAAAAAAUAUUUUCAAUUGUAUUAAACAGUAAUCAGAGACAUUUGUUUUUCAUACAUAAAUAUAUUUAAAUUGUAUUGUACUUAGAAAAAAUAAAAUAAUAUACAGUUUAUUUAGCUAUAGUAGAACUAUAUUUUCCACAAUAGAAUCCAUUGGGCAUUUUAGCCAUAAAUACUCCAGCCUCGCAAUGAUUUGACGUGCAUUCUUUCUACAAUCUAUAUAUUUUAC